AUGCCGGCGCUUUUCCUUAUAGAUGCGCUGCAAUCAAGAAAAUUCGAUUCGGAACAUGCGGCAUGGAUAACCGGGCAUGGUGUCGGGUUCGGUCUCUCAUUCAUUAAACGGACGCGAAGGAAGCAGCAUCUACUCCAGCAACUACAAGCAGCAGCCAGCGGUGGGAAGAAAAUCGGACGCGAGCAGUCAUCGGGCGGAAAGCAUUUAAAGGUUUUUGAAACAUCGUUGGCGUCUUCGUACGCCAGCUAUAUAAUUGCUUUCCCCCGGUGCAGUCCCUCAUUCAUCGAACGGACGCGAAGGAAGCAGCAUCUACUCCAGCAACUACAAGCAGCAGCCAGCGGUGGGAAGAAAAUCGGACGCGAGCAGUCAUCGGGCGGAAAGCAUUUAAAGGUUUUUGAAACAUCGUUGGCGUCUUCGUACGCCAGCUAUAUAAUUGCUUUCCCCCGGUGCAGUCCCUCAUUCAUCGAACGGACGCGAAGGAAGCAGCAUCUACUCCAGCAACUACAAGCAGCAGCCAGCGGUGGGAAGAAAAUCGGACGCGAGCAGUCAUCGGGCGGAAAGCAUUUAAAGGUUUUUGAAACAUCGUUGGCGUCUUCGUACGCCAGCUAUAUAAUUGCUUUCCCCCGGUGCAGUCCCUCAUUCAUCGAACGGACGCAAAGGAAGCAGCAUCUACUCCAGCAACUACAAGCAGCAGCCAGCGGUGAGAAGAAAAUCGGACGCGAAUCCACGACCAAUCAGAGAGCAGUCAUCAGGGAGGAAAGCAGUGGAAUAUCGUCAUGGACCAGACAUUAUCCGGGAUCGGUCGCGACAGUGGCGCAGCUGAACCUUCGGCUCAUAAGAAGAGUAUAUCCAAGAAGAAACUUUUGAGGGAACUUAAAGAAGCACUCGAGAGGAAUAAUACUUUGCGAGAGCAAGUAACGCAAUUGACCAUAAGAAACAUCGGUGACGGUUACCCUCUUGCACAUUCCAGUACUCUACGUGAAGAAUCAAAUCAAACAAGUAAUGAAUCCUUGCUUCUAUCUAGUAUGAGCAAUUGGACUUUAAGUACACUAAAUAUGCCAGAAUGUUUGCCAUCUGAAGGCGAAAGAGAAAUCGACAAGCGAGCUUUUGAAUAUUGGAAGGAAAUUUUGAUUUCUUCACUGCAACUCAUACAGACCGCAGAUGAGCAAACUAAGUUUAAUGUUUUUAAAAUCAAAGCGGGUGCAAAGCUUCGGGAGUUAUUCCUUACUACAUCUACGUCUCCAGGGAUGCCAGACGAGAACACACAACCUUUCUCUAAUGCUAUGGCAAGGUUGAAUGAAUAUUUUGGGUCUAGGACGUACAUCUUGUCUCAACGGGGCAAACUGACAACGAUGAGUCAGUCGCCCACGGAAAGCAGUAUUCAAUUUGUUAGAC